GUAGCGUCACUGAAACUUAAGAAGUUUCUAGCUACAAUACAAAAAGGGGACACUUUCUGGCUGGCGAUGCCUGUUACAUAACUUAGUGUUAGUGUUCGAGGUCACGUGUGUGGCUUUCAAGGUAUGGGGUUUGUGUUCGUGGCAAUAACUUCAAAUUCUUGGAGGUUUGACCUAUGAACUUUGCACUCGUGUAUGGAUACAGGUGUGGUCUCAGCUUUUGGAAAAUCCAGCCUGUAAAACUAAAGUGGGUUCCUGUGUAACUAGUAGCAUUUAUAUCUGCUGUCAAAUUGGUUGCAGUGUGUGGAGAUAAUUCGGCAAACGUACAGCACAAAUGAAUCAAUGAACGUGAGGGUGUUUUCGGUUGAAAAAGCUAGAUAAAGUGCCUUUUGGACUUUUCUUUUUUUGCAUUACACUCUCUGACCUUUGAGAUUCAUUGACCCCAUUUCUAGUAGUAAAGCUAUCUUAACAAACCAAUCCUUCGAUGAGUGCAGUCAGAGAACAGUAGCGUCACUACUAAUAUGUUAUACGGCCAAAAGGGGAUUUUUUAAAGAUGUUUCUAUUUAUUUAUCUUGACCGUUGCACAAUCUGACAGAGCUUACACUCAACAUUUGAGUGAAAUAUCAAUAACUUAAAUAACAAUUACUUUUUUGUGACUUGGGUCCAUUAAAGGCCGGGCAGUGGUAGAAUUACACAGGUCAGCGUUUUACCAUUGUGGUGUUUAUUUGAAUUAAUACUCAACUUUUAUAGGUUGCUGCAGCAGGUGUUAAACGGUCGAGCGAAUUGACUAGUUGCUAAAUGCCCAAACUGGUCCGUUUCACUUUACUUAGGAAAAUGACUAUAGCAAUAUUAAAAAGGCAUUAAGGUCACAUGCCACUUCUAUCUCUUAUGUGCUGUUUCACAAAGUUCCCAUGGUUCACAAAGUUGAAUCAGGCCUGUUAGUCACAGUGUGUUUCCUGUCACAGGAAACAAACUCUGCAAACUCUACUGUCAGUGUCGUCCAUGUUAAUGAAUAACCGUGAAGAAUUACUGGAACAAUAAAAUAAGCAUUUUUCUUUCGAAAGGCGGUGACUUACUUACCACUGAACGCCACCCCCCUCUGCUGUUCAUGGGAUAGUUGCAUCAUUUUAAAAUUUUCUACAGCUGUUUUGGAUUUUGGCAUUAGGUCCACCUACAUGUGGGGAAAAGAAGGUGGUGCAUACUAUCCAGUUGUUCUCGGAUUCCUGUCUCAUUCUGAGUUUGCAGAAGCUCCACCGAGGCUGCCAUGGUUUUGCCGGCUGUCCUUUGCCACCCGGUCUGGGCCCUGCUCAGCGCGGUGCUGGCGCUCGUUGUGCGCAUGCAGCGCAGAGGUCCCUGGGAUCCGCGAGACUGCUCCGUGCAACUGAAAGGGAAAACCGCUAUAGUGACAGGAGCCAAUACGGGGAUUGGAAAGUUCAUUGCCAUGGACUUUGCACGCCGGGGGGCUCGUGUUAUUCUGGCCUGUCGAAGCGAAGCUCGGGGGACAGCAGCACUUAAUGAAAUCAGGGAGAAGACCGGGAACUCUGACACCCACCUGCGUCUGGUGGACCUCUCUUCUCUGGAGUCCGUCAGGGAAUUUGCCGGCGGGAUUAUUGCAGAGGAGAAAGCUCUCCACAUCCUCGUCAACAAUGCAGGAGUGUCAGGUUUACCGAGGCAGAUAACCAAAGAUGGUUUGGAAUGUUCUUUUGCCACCAACCACCUGGGACCAUUUCUCCUCACCAACCUGCUGCUGGACCUGAUGAAGCGUUCAGCACCGGCGCGUAUUGUCACCUUGGCCUCUGUCAACCAUAAGAAGGGUCAAGUGGACUUUUCUCAUUUUCGGGGCGAGAACCUCACGUACCACAUGGAUAGUGUCUACAACCACACAAAGCUGCACAAUAUCAUCUGUACGAACGAGCUGGCGCGCAGGCUCGAAGGGACAGGUGUCACAGCAAACUCUGUCCACCCCGGUAUUGUCAAGACAGAAGUGAUUAGACACUAUCCCUUCUUGGUUCGUUUUAUCUUCAACCUGGUUGGAUAUUUCUUCUUCAAGUCUCCAGAGGAGGGUGCAGUCAGCUCAAUCUACUGUGCAGUAGCAGAGGAAAUGGAGGGAAUAACUGGGAAGUAUUGCGACAGCGACUGCCGCCUGGUCCUCCCCGCCCCUUUAGCUCGAGACUCUGCCCUCGCGGUCAAGGAUUUUGAGAUCAGCGAGAGGGUGACAUCUAAGCUCUGAAAGGACUAUUGAGAUAACAGAGGUUUGAUAACAGAAAAGGGGUCGAAUUCCACCCUCCUGCUGCACUUCUUGAGUGAGCAGGUCCAACACAAUGAGUCUUUAACUGUCAGGUGAUGUUUAUGCAUAAAGUCUUGGAUAUUCGGAAGGCUUUAAUCGACUGUGAUAUCAGCAGUCGUGUUGUCAAAGUAAUUGUGGUUCAUGAAAAAUGGUAUGUUUAUCUUUUUAUAGAAAUAAAAUGGCUUUUAUUCAGGUAUAUGGAUGAGUGAGCUUCCUGAGACAUGCUGACACCCUGUGGCCAACUCUUGCUUCUUCAGAAAUAACAACAGGUUCCAGUGUGUCACGUAAUCACUUCCCUUUAUUCACUUGAUUUGCUUUAAACCCACAAGAAAACAUUUGAGCAAUCAGUGCUUUUUGAGGAAUUUGUACAGCUUUGGUUCAUCCACUGGUGUCUUCAACCUCGCUAUUUGGCUGCAGAGACAGAGAGUUUGGUCACUGAGGAGGUAUUUAAUCGUAGGAAUAUCACUUGUAAGUUUGUGUCUAAUAAUCUUUGGAUAACCAAAGAAGAAACGAGGCCAUGUUUCUGGUCUACUAAGAAGCUGUUUCCACGUUUUCACCUUUCUGAAGUUCCUCCUCUAUGUCAUGGAUGAUGUCUUCGAGCACCGGAGACACACGAUCGAGCUGUUUGGGUGAAAGACGGACGGCGACCUCCACUAUUUUAUCCUGGACGCACAAAGAAGAGUUCAUGAAUUG